AGUUGCUCCCGAAGUUUCGUUUUAAAACGGAAAAAAUUGUUGAAAAGUGCAACGACCGUGAAGUGCCCCACAAAAAUGACUCUGUGGCGGUAAAAUUAAAAUAAAAAUCCAAAGAUUGUAUUACGAAAAGUCUAAUUAACCACCGAUCGAUUAGCGGGGACCGCCAUGGCUUGUUUUAAACGCCUGGAAACCAAAAGACUGCCCGAGGAUGUGGACGAUGGCCUCGAGACCCUGGAGGAGUACAAGCAGCGCUGGCGCUCUGUCCGCAUCAUUUACUUCACAAUGUUCCUGAUGGCUCUAGGAUUCAGCAUCAUUCUCACCGGCAUUUGGCCAUUUCUUAAGAAGUUAGAUCCCGAUGCCGGCAAGGAGUUCAUGGGUCUGAUUGUGGCCGCCAAUCCCUUGGGUCAGAUGAUCUUCAGCCCGAUCUUUGGCUGGUGGGGCAACAAGCUGGGCACCAUCCGAUUUCCACUGCUCGUCUCGCUGGCGCUCUUCACAUUCGCCAGUGGUCUGUAUUCCUCACUGGAGCUGCGUCCCGACAAUGUCAAGUACUGGAUGCUGGUCUCCAGAUUCCUCAUUGGAGUCAGCUCCGCGAAUAUAGCUCUGUGUCGGUCAUAUCUAUCCGCCGCCACGCGGAUCAGCGAGCGUACACAUGCCGUUUCCAUGGUUUCCCUGGCUCAGGUGCUGGGCUUCAUCAUUGGGCCGACUCUCCAGGCGGCAGUGACUCCUUUGGGAGAUGUGGGCCACAUUUGGCUAGGGGGUCUUAUGCACUUUAAUAUGUACACUGCAUCCGGAUGGAUCAAUGUGGUGAUGAGUAUUAGCAACUUUAUGCUAUUCCUCCCAUUUGUGUUUCAGGAGCACAAAAUAGCUGCCAGGGAGGUGAUGGUCAUGCAGGGAGGCACUUCGGAGCGCGAAACCUGGAAGGGCAUCAAACCCAACUAUCUCUCCGCCUGGACUUUGAUCGUCGCCUUCUUCGUUCUGGUCUUCAACUUUGUGUUGCUGGAAACUCUGGGCACUUCCCUGACCAUGGACAUGUUUGCCUGGUCCAACGACGAGGCACUCUGGUACAUGGGCAUCAUGAUGACAGUGGCCGCCAUCGUCUCCCUCAUCACCUUCGUUCUAAUCGAACCCAUGUGCAAGCUGUUCGCCGAACGCUAUGUCCUCAUCUGGGGCGGCUUCUCGCUCAUGUUCCUCGGAAGAGUGCUCUUCGUACCAUGGGGUCCUGAUCCUCCCAAGCUGGCACAGCCCUUCAACGCCAGUCUCAAUCUGAGUUCCGAUGAUCCCAUCUACUUGGGUUGCCCGCCAACGCAGGAGUGGUGCGGCGAGCUGCCGGCCCUCACGCUGACGCAGUUCAUCAUUGGCUUCGCCCUAACAUCGGUUGGAUAUCCCAUUGGAGUGACCCUGAUCCAGACCAUCUUUUCCAAGGUGCUGGGUCCGCGACCGCAGGGCGUCUGGAUGGGCUGGAUGACGGGCUCUGGUUGCCUGUCGCGUGUUCUGGGUCCCGUUUUUGUAGGCUCCAUCUACACCAGGCUGGGAACCAACUGGACCUUCGGGGUGACCUCGUUCAUGAUGCUUGUAUCGAUGCUGGUGCUGCAGUGCAGCAAGUAAGUCUAUACAUCAAAU